AACGGCCUCCUUUUACCCGGUGGCGGCGGGUGCUCGCUGACGUGGCGCGCUGUUCCCGCAACAACAAAACCUCGCGCACCGCGUGCUUCCCAUUCCUCUUCGUCUCUCCAACCUCCUCCUUCCCAAUUCCCCACCCGCCGCCGCCGCCGCCCCACCGCAAACACCUACUCCACCGUAUCCGAAGCCAGAGUUGACGACCGCGGCUUCCGCGAUGUGCGGUUCCCCCAUGCGCCGAACACCCACGUUGCCCCUUGGACGGCUCGCGUGUGCCGCGCGCCGGGGCGUGCCAUGGUGGGAUUGAGCUAGAAAGGCGUGAGCUUUAGGCAGGACGAGAGCUCCGGCGGAGGAAGAGGCGUGGGAGCGCGUGGCUAGGUGGGCGUCUCGCCCGCCGGAUGGCCGCCGAUGACGCCGCGCGGAGCAGCAGACGUAUGGAUCUGAACCUCUACCUCGGCCUCCCCCGCGCCCCGCGCACCCGCCGCCCCGAUCUCGGCUCCGACCUCGCGCUCGGCACCCCGAUGCUGUCGUCGUCGUCUCCCUCCUCCUCGGCCGCCUCCGCGGACGCGCCGCCGCCGGAGACGCCCUACUCGCCCUCCCGCGCCGACCUGGUGCGCCCGCCGACCCCGGUGCACGAGCCCUACUGCCCGUCCGCUCCCGAGGCGCACCCACCCUAUGUGCCUCCGCCCCUGCCGGUUCCAGGGACGUUACCUGUCCUCGCUGAUGAACUUGAGUUUGGUUUCUCCGACGCGCACCUGGGUCUGGUCGAGCGGAUGGACCGGCCGUCGUCGUCGACUGCCUCUUCUUCCUUCCGCCCGGAGCGCUCCAAGCGCUACCGCCGGUUGAUGUGCUUGAGUCAGUCUCGCUACUUCCUGCCAAGGCCAAGACGAUUCCGGUCAGACCUUCCACCUCUCAGCUCCGAGGCCCCUAGCCUAGAGAAUGACGCUGCAGCGCAACCACUGGAACCGGAAGAGCCUGUCCAUGAUACCGUGGAGGAGAACAAGGUGGCUGCCGAUGGUGCCAUUGUGGGUGUCUCGGAGGACGAAGGAACAGAGCGUGGCAAGAGUGCUGCGAUGUUCGAGUGUAAUAUCUGCUUUGAAAUGGCUGCCGAGCCGGUGGUCACUUCCUGCGGUCAUCUUUUUUGCUGGCCUUGUUUAUACCAGUGGUUGCAUGUCCACUCCAGUCAUAAGGAGUGCCCUGUCUGCAAAGGGGAGGUGACUGAAGGGAACAUUACUCCUAUCUAUGGGAGAGGGAAUUCUGGUUCGGAUAUGGAGAAGAAGGUUCCAGAGGAUGGCAAUGCAUCUGGCCCUAAUAUUCCACCAAGGCCGCAUGGGAAUCGGCUCGAGAGCUUCCGGCAGCAGUUCCACCAUUUGCGACCCAUAUCUAGAAGGCUUGGUGAGGCACAUGGCUUUUUGUCUACUUGGAGAAGCAUUCUUGAUCAGCACUUGAUGAAUAGCGUGAGUAGAUUUGAAGCGCCUCCUGAAUCAACUGUCCAGGAAAUUGCUCAGCAUGCAAGCCGUUUUGGCCGAAUGACUACUAGGUUGAGGGCAAGGAGGUUGCAAAGAGAAGCGGAAAACCCUACAUUCAUUGCUUCAUCUGCUCCAGAUAGUCCGCCGCCUGCAAACAAUACAUCCGAUCUGCCCAGUCGAGCUUCGAGUCCAUUUUCCUCGGAAGGGAUGGAUUUAUUGCAACACCUUGCCUUUGCUGGCCUUGAAGAUUCAGAAAGGUUGGCGACUGCUGUGAGUGACCUUGGACGAAUUGCUAGGCCAAGCCACUAUGGGGCAUCAACUUCAUUGAACCCACCAAAUCCUGAGCUGGUUGAUGGAACUCAUGUUGCCACGGCAUUGGCUGCAGAUCAGGCUUCUAAUUCAAGCACCAUGGCUGUGAUUCAUGAAGAAGCUGCUUUUACUGAAAGCACUGUUUUCACUGAUAGUGCAGGAGAACCUAGUAAUGCAGGGUCUUCAAGAUCCCUGAGGAGAAGAGGAAGAAGUGAUGCCUUGGGUUCUUUGGAUGUAGAUGGUGGGGACCUACAUCAGAACAAGAGAAAGCGGCUGAACUAAAGCUAAGACAGCUGAAAUGAAGCUUGCAGGUUGCAGCACUGUUCUAAUUUGCUUGGUAUGUUUGUCUCAGCUUUUUUACCUCUUUCAGUAGGUAACAUCUGCUCGGUGUGGUAUGAAGUUCCUCUUCUACUUGUUUACUAGGUAGCGUUGAGUUGGUUUCUAUCUUAGUUCCUCCCGACCUGUUUAAUUCAUGCUAUCACUCAAGGCAUGUAUACUGAGGAAACUGUCAUCAGAUGAAUUUUCAUUGAUAGUAAAUUGUAUGUGCAAAUCUGUAUUCAAUGGAAUUGACCUUCAGUUUAUGAA